AUGAAUUGCAAGCAACAAGUUCCUAAAAGUGUUAUUAUCACCGUCAUCAGCAAAGUAUCAAAUGUUGUACAACGCGAGACCAUACGCCGAACUUGGGGAAAUCUUCAGAUGCAAGCAAAAUACAACUUCAGUUUGUAUUUUCUGUUGGGAACUGAGGAAAAUUUUGACCUAAAAGACGAGAUCAUAUUAAAUGGGGAUAUUAUACAGGCCGAUAUUAUGGAAGAUUAUUAUCACUUAACCGAGAAGUCAAUCGAAGCAUUCAAAUGGAUAACACUCUUCUGUCAUAAAGCGGACUACUUUUUCAAAACUGAUGAUGACGUCUUUUUCGACCUUGAAUUUCUAAGAGAAGUUCAGAAUGAUGGUGACUAUCUGAUGGAUGACGUCAUCCUUGGCCACUGUGUGUUUAAAGGUAUGCCAUCGAGAGUAGAAGGUACGAAGUAUGAAAUAACUAAGGACGAGUAUCCUUUUAGGUUCUAUCCGCCAUAUUGCGGGGGGCCAGGUUAUCUCAUGACGUUGAAUACCGCACGAAAGAUAUACAGCGAGAUGUUAACGACAAGGAACUUCAAAUAUGAAGAUGUCUAUUUAGGAAUUGUUAUUUAUAGGUUAGGUCUGAAACUGAAACACAUCGAUUGUUUUGUUUAUUUAAAGAACGAGAAAAAAGAAAAAGAAUUAGAAAAGAACAGUGAACAGUAUUGCAAUGUUCGAUGUUCAAGAGUGAUACAUGGGUUGAAGCCCGGUGACAUCCAACACUAUUGGGAUACUCUCGGCACUGAGAGACGAAAUAGAAAAAACUGUGAUGAUUUAGAAGUUCACUAA